GCCGUCUGUCCGGCGCGAGGACUGCAGGCAAGCUCGAGCACUAACCGAUUUCCUAGAGAAUGACAACUUAAAGCAGCGCGCAGACGAGCUCGUGCGUGCGUCUGACCGGACGGAAACAUGGAGCACAUCAUAACGCCCAAGGUGGAAUAUGUGAAGCUGUUGGACAGAUAUGGCAAGGAGUCGACCAUCGGGACACUGUACCUGACUGCUACCCACCUCAUCUAUGUGGAACAGGACAACCACACCCGCAAGGAAACAUGGGUUCUACAUCACCACAUUUCCUCCGUAGAGAAGCUGUCCCUCACAGUCUCAGGAUGUCCCCUCUUAAUUCACUGCAAAACAUUCCAGCGGCUUCACCUACUGCUGCCCAGAGAGAGAGACACUCAGGACGUGUACCAGUCCCUCAUACGCCUGUGCCAGCCAGUCAGUGAGGAUGAGCUCUACGCGUUCCUCUACAACCCUAACCAAACUGAGGCAGAGCGCAGAGAUGGAUGGGACCUCAUUGACAUGGCAACAGACUUCAGCAGGAUGGGCCUGCCCAAUGAAUUCUGGGACAUCAGUUCCAUCAACAGCAGCUAUGAGCUUUGUAGUACAUACCCAUCACUACUUGGCAUUCCAAAAACCGCCACUGUUGCCACAGUAACGGGCAGCGCAAAGUUCAGGAGCAGGGGCCGGCUGCCUGCUCUUUCCUACUACCACAAAGAUACCAAGGCAGCGGUGUGUCGCUGUAGUCAGCCCCUGUCAGGUCUGAGUUCUCGCUGUGUGGAGGAUGAACAGAUGUUGAAGUGCAUCAACGACGCAAACCCUCACUGCCCCUUCAUUUACGUCGUAGACACGCGGCCCAAGCUCAACGCCAUGGCUAACCGGGCGGCUGGUAAGGGCUAUGAGAAUGAGGAGAACUACCCCAACAUCAGGUUCCAUUUCCAGGGCAUUGACAACAUUCACGUCAUGAGAAGCAGUCUGCAAAAACUACUGGAGUUGUGUGCUCUGAGGUCUCCCACCAUGAGUGACUAUCUGGUUGGUCUGGAGAGUUCCGGCUGGCUCAGACACAUCAAAUCUGUAAUGGAUGCCGGAGUCUUCCUCGCUAAAGCGGUGUGUGAUGAAGGAGCGAGUGUGUUGGUUCACUGUUCUGAUGGGUGGGACCGCACAGCUCAGGUUUGCUCUCUCGCUUGCGUUCUACUGGAUCCCUACUACAGAACCAUCAAAGGACUAAUGGUUCUGAUAGAGAGAGAGUGGAUCUCAUUUGGGCACAAGUUUAAUCACAGGUGUGGUCAUCUGGAAGGUAACCCUAAGGAGGUGUCGCCCGUCUUCACCCAGUUUGUGGAGUGUGUGUGGCACCUGUGUGAGCAGUUUCCAUGUGCCUUCCAAUUUAAUGAGUCUUACCUGCUCAUCAUCCACGACCACGUCUAUGCCUGCCAGUACGGGAACUUCAUCGGCAACUGCCAGAGAGAGCAACAGGAGAUGAGGCUCAGGGAGAGAACGUUCUCUCUGUGGCCGUAUUUACUUCAGAACCAGGCUGAGUUCCAGAACCCUCUGUACAAACGCGCCACACACAACACUGUACUGAGACCAAGUACUCUCCCUCUGCACUUCAAGUUCUGGUGUGGUAUGUAUAACCGUUACGAUAAGGGUAUGCAGCCUCGGCAGUCUGUAGUAAACACACUGCUUGCUCUCACCCUGAGACACACACAGGAGCAAAAGACCAUGACUGAACUACAGAGACAGUUGGCUGUCGUUGACGGAAUCCUCCCUGGUCCAAUCGGGACAGUCAGCCUGCCUCCUGAUCAGAAUGGGUGCCCUCGGACCACGCCCACUACGUCUUUUGGCCAAUCAAAUGGAGACUGCACAUCUGUGAGCACAUGUGCAGGUGGAAAGGAAGACUCAGGUCUGGAAAUGUCCAGUCAGAAAGAAGCUGAAGGCAGUUCAGCCACAGAGCAUGAGCUGCAGACCAAAACGGACAAACCUGUUUCCAUGGUUACUCAGAAAGAGAAGGUAACGGAAUCCCUCGUGCGGCCCAUGCUGCACCUGCGUCCGGCCGAGGAUGACGAGGCUGCUGGCGAGAGCCUGCAACUGAACCGCGCUGCUGCCAGGGAUGACCACUUCCUGCUUCAGGGACUACUGUCACAGGAGCGCUACAGGAAGUGCAUAAACCAACGCAGUGGCUGGGGUGUCCCUGGUACACCCUUACGCAUGGCUGCCUCCAAAGGUCACCUGCGCUGCCUGCAGCUGCUGCUGGCCCACGGUGCGGAGGUUGACAGUGUGGAUGUGAAGGCCCAAACUCCUCUCUUCACAGCCGUGUGUGGCCGCUAUCUCAGCUGUGUCCUGGCACUCCUGCGUGCAGGGGCCAACCCCAACGGAAGCCUCCGGAACAACAGCUCGCCUGUGCUCACGGCUGCCCGCGAGGGUGACGCCGAGAUCCUGCGCCAGCUGCUCCGUCACGGGGCCGAGGUCGAUGCCAGGUCAAAGGUCAUGCUCUGGACAUGCGGGGUCGCGGUUUGCAGCGGGCCGCUCUACCUGGCCGCCAUCUACGGCCACUUGGACUGCUUCCGGGUCCUGCUGCUUUACGGGGCAGAUCCCAACUACAACUGCCCCGAAGGGCAGGUGGGCAGUAGGCUGGCGCCGGCCAGGAGAACGGUGCUGGAGAUGUGUCUGAGACACGGCUGCGGCGUGGAGUUCGUCCGUAUGCUCAUCGAGUUCGGAGCCAAUGUCUACCUGCCAACACUGAUCAUCGAGAAGAGCACUAAACAGAAUGAGGCACUGGAACUCCUCCUCAGAGAGAGAAGCUGUCCCAGGUCUCUGGUGUCUCAGUGCCGACUGUCUAUCCGUCGACACCUGAAGCAGGUGAAGAGGAUGCAGGCUAUCGACUCAUUGGACAUGCCGCCCCGACUCCUCAACUAUCUCAAACAUGAACCCAUGCGCUGACGUGUCACGCAUCAACACGUCACGCACCCACCGACACAGUCACACACAAUCAACUGUGCCUUUUCAACCUGCUACAGAUGUAUGCACAUAUAUAUGCACGCCAAACACGCACACAAACUUGCAGAAGCGUAAAUAAAUGAUGCUGCCUGGGAUAGUGCUCACAGAGAGUAGGCGUGUGUGUAGUCUGAGUGGGUCAUUUAGGAUUUCAGUGUUUUCUGUUUGCUUCACAGUGCAAUAGCACCUCACAGACAGGAGUGCUGGGCCUCCACGUGCAUUAGGUGGUACUCGUCAUAGUGAGCCACAUUCCUGUGAAAGCUAUAUCCAAUUUGCUCAGAGUUCUGGCCCAACCCGUACUGAACCCACCAGAUCACAACAUGCCAAAUGCUGUCUUGGGCAGUUUUUGGAUGUUAUUGAUACAGGAAGGAGGAUGUUCAGGGAACUGAUCUGAGGUUAAAACGUCUUCUCUGUACAUGCUACGGUCACUUGGAGAACCUCUGUCCACAUUUCCAGGUGUAGAAGACUUUUGUGAUGAUGUCAUAUGUGACUGUGGCUUUGUGAGAUGAUGGAAUCUGUGUCAUAUGAUUGGCUGCAGCUCCCUUGCCAGGAGUAUGGCUCUUAACCCAGAGCUUGUACAUAAGACAAGCGUAGCAUGGGCAGUCUUAGUUCAGUGUAGCGCCAGAACGCGUAAAGUUCUCACAGAAGCUACUAAAGUUCUCUUCUAAAAUAAAAUGCCCGCUUGUUACUUCCUUUUUGUCUUUUGACUAUUGUUCUCUGAUCAAGUUAGCAUGGCAGAUAAUGAAAUGUAAAUGCUUUGUUUGUGUGUGUGAGUGUGAGAGACACACAGCAUGUUUCAGACAGGUCCUUCAUUAGCAGUGCAAGCAAAGUGCUGCUGAAGUAGUAGGAAGAACCAGUUUAUAUAUGAAACAGUAGAUGUUUAAAUCAACAUGCACUCUAUGGGGGUCUGCUGUGCUGAGAGAUCAAUUAUUUUUGCUUUGAGUUUCUUAACUUCUGUGCUGCCAUAGAAACAACUGGCAAUGCAACCAGAUAUGUCAUUAAUGCAGUGUUCAACCGUAUUAAAAUGCCUCGUCACUGGAAACGACAAAUCCUUGAUUCUGAAGGUCUGUAGGUGUUCAAUAAAACUAUCAGUGAGUCUC